CUUCCUCCUCCUGGGCACACCUGCCGUCAGGGGAUGGCAUUCCCACCCAGCAGCCCUGACGGCAGGUCGACUGGAUACUGCACGUUUCCCAGACCUCCAGCGGAUUACACCACGCAGGAGGUCUGGGAAGCUUGCCGCGCAAAACUUCGCGGGGCGCACACAUGCGCGCCGACUCCGGCGUUCACGGCUGCCCUCGCCCAGCUCGACCUCUCUGCAAGGAGGCCGCUUCCCGCACGCUGCCCACUGCCGCAUCUCCUCGUCGACCGCGGCAGGCAUGCCGAGAAGACUGCGCAGAGCCUGCAGGCUCUGCGCUGGCGCCAGCUUGGCCUUCACCUCCGCGUCUGAACGAACAUCCGGCCAAGUGGUUCGUGACAGACGCAGAGGCAAGACGCCAGCGACCAUGCCCGUCAACGCGCGGGCCAAGGUGGUCGGUAUAGCCAACGGGACCGUUGCAUUCCGAAGCUCGCCGAUGCGGGCGUCGAGCGAUCGGCGCGCUGGCGCGUCUGGCUCCUCC